GGGACGAAUUGGCGCAACCAUUAAAUUCCCUGUUGUUUUUUGUAUAUUUUUUGUUAUCUUUUUUUCAUUGUUUAAGAUUUUUUUAUUUUUCAGAAUUAUUUUUAACUCUUUCAUCAAAAAAUGAUAAUUCCAGUUCGUUGUUUUACUUGUGGCAAAGUUAUUGGGAACAAAUGGGAUGCUUAUUUGCAACAUUUACAGGAUGGAAGCACAGAAGGCGAUGCUUUGGAUCAACUCAAUUUGCGUAGAUAUUGUUGUCGAAGAAUGUUACUUUCACAUGUUGAUUUGAUUGAAAAAUUGUUGAACUACAAUCCUUUGGAGAAGUAA